AAGAAAUUGAUAUUGAUAAAAGGAUACCUCCUAUGGAUGAAUUGUACGAGAGGUUUAAGGUUGUGACGGCCAUCUCUGAGAACCAUUUUGAAGAGGUUAAACCAUGGAUAGGUAGUAUUCAAGAGUUCAUGCCAGGUCAAGAAAUCAUCCUUUAUAACUUGGGACUAAGUAAGACAUCUUUAGAGAAGGUCAACACUUUUUGUGAUGUGCAGGUGCGAGAAUUUCCUUUCAGCUCUUAUCCUAAUCAUGUGAGAGAUCUACAUACGUACGCGUGGAAACCAAUUAUUAUUGAUAUUACUCUACGGGAGUUUGGCGCCAUUUUCUGGGGAGAUGCGUCUAUCCGCCUGAAAGGCUCCUUGCGGAAACUUCUACCAGUCUCGAUGAAACACCAUGGGUUCAUGAGUCACCUGCAUGCGUUUGAUCCUAAGAAGCAGGAAGAGAUUAAACACCAGUACUUCUUCACGCAUCCUCAACUGUACCAGAAUCUGGGUGUGAAUAGAACCGAGUACUACAAUUCAGGCGGCAUGGCGCCACACGCUUCUGCGAACCGUCAACUGUACGUUAACGGCUCGUACAUCCAAAAUGCUAUCGUCCAACCGAUGGUGAAAUGUGCCCUCGAAUUUCGCUGCAUCUCGCCGGUGGGAGCGAAGGUGCCCGGCCACCGUUUUGACGCGUCCAUCCUCGCUGUUUUGAUCUAUAAGAAUAUGAAAGGAGAAUGGAAUAGGACGUAUAAUGACAAUCUUGCCUUUGAUGACGUGGUGUAUCUUAGAAAGAAUACGAUGGGAAAAGAGAAAGCUAAAACGUGCUUAUGGUGAGACAUAAAAGAUGUUUAUGUUGCCUUCAUAAAUCCAGAAUUGGAAAACUGGGUCGGCCGAUCAGUCGAUUUAAUAUCAUCAUCAUCCAGGGGCGGAUACAGGAUUUUCCAAUUGGGGGUGGGGGCACAUUUUUCCUAGGAAAAAUUUGGCAAGCAUAAAAAAAAGGUUUUCAACC